UAAAUAUGAACUCUAGCAUUCCAAAGAUGAACAUAUACCAGUAUUUGCUUUUAUCAAGUAGCGUUUUCACAACAAGCAUAUGUUACAUGCUUUUCGUGGCCUUCUUGCCACUGGAAUUCAGCAGGUUUGGCAUCUCAGAAGUAACGUUCGGGUUUAUAUUUGCUAUGCAUCCUGCAUCGGCUAUGUUUGCCUCCCUGGUCGUUGGGAAAUUUAUGAGUUCUCUAGGGAGGAAGCUGACCCUGGCAAUUGGGUGCUGUACCUCGGGAUUAUGCAUGUUGUUGUUCAGUUUAGCAAGCUAUUUAGAAAGUGCAACUAUGAUUGUUGCCUUAUGUAUUUUCUCAAGAGCUGCCUCAGGCUUGACUGUAAGCAUGGUUUAUACCACUUCUUAUGCGAUAAUUUCUGUUUGUUAUGGUGAACAAAAGCAAAAGUAUUUCAGCUACUUUGAAGCUAUUCAAGGAAUUGGAUCUGCUGUUGGGCCUGCGGUUGGGGGCAUGUUAUACGCAUUCUUUGGAUUUAGUACAAUAUUUGAAAUUUUAGGAGGAAUUCUAAUAUUCCUCUCCCCUGUGAUGUACUUUUCUUUACCAAGCUCAGUUGAAAAUGAGGAAGAGACACUACUUCAAGCCGAUCAGCCUCACAGCGACCAUGAUCCAAUACAAACUUCUACUCCUAAAGUUGGCUAUCUUCUUUUGAUUAAAAGUAAAGUGUUUACCUUAUCUGCAAUAUCAGUGGCUCUAAACUUAUUUUCAUUUGCGCACUACCUCCCUGUGAUGUCUCUUGAGUUGAAGAAAAUGAGUGUCUCAGACUUCGGGAUAUCCCUCUUCUUCUGUGUAUCCUCUCUGGGUUAUCUCUUCUCUAGUCUUGUAGUUGUUCCGAAUUUUAUUGCAAAGCUGAACCAGAAGAAAUGCAUUGCUUUUGCAAUUAUGAUGUUCGGAUUUACUCAAUUUCUGGUUGGGCCAGUCUUUCCUAUUCCUCAGAGUGUGGUGUUCAUGGUAAUUGGGCAGUUCUGUGUAGGAUUCUUUAGUUUAAUACUAAUGGUAUCCCCUGUUACAGUGAUGAUUGAAGAUUCAGAGAAAAAGUUUCCUACUCAAAAAUCUUAUGUGACCGAUCUCUCUUCAGGAGUGUUUAUCUUUAUGUUAAAUUUAGGUGAAACAAUUGGACCAAUUUUCGGAAGUUAUAUGUCAUCCAGACUUGGAUUUCACACUGUAUGCACUAUGGUAGCUAUUCUUCUCAUUGUAUACUCCCUAGCAUAUACACUAAUGUGCAUUUAUUUCUCAUCUAAAACCGAUAUACUCCCCAUAAAGUCAGAUAAUUUAAGCUGAGAAGAACUAUUUGCAUCUCAAAAUCCGAAAAAACCAUCUUCACUCUCAAAAAUUUCUCCCAAACAUACACGAAAUUCCUUUAAUCCUCCUAAGAAAUCUAAUUCCUAAUUAAACACUUUUUGAUUUCUUUGUUCAGCCUUUCUACUGAAGGCUACUUACAACCUCAACCAACUCCCAACAAGUGAUAAUAUGACCAUCUUAUUUCUAACAAUUUUA